AUGAUCUUCACAGCAGAGCAGGUGGCUUGUGUAUGCGAGGUCCUGCUGCAGAGCGGUUGCAUGGAUCGUCUUGAUGGUUUCCUCCGGACUUUUCCUGCUCCGUCCCUCGCCACCGCCUAUUCCACCUCCUCCUCCUCCUCCUCCCCCUGCCCUGGGGAGCUGGAGAGUGUGCUUAAGGCUAAAGCCGCAGUGGCCUUUCACCAGGGGCGCUUCUCUGAACUCUACACCCUGCUGGAGGGCUUCCCGUUCUCCCCACGCAACCACCCGCUGCUACAGCAGCUCUGGCUCCGAGCCCACUACAUAGAGGCUGAGAGUCAGAGGGGCCAACCCCUGGGAGCUGUUGGGAAGUAUCGCGUAAGACGAAAGUUUCCUCUACCACACACCAUCUGGGACGGAGAGGAGACCAACUACUGCUUCAAGGAAAAAUCACGGAACGUACUCCGGGAUUGGUACCUUCACAAACCGUAUCCCUCGACCCGGGAGAAGCGGGAGCUGGCGGCAGCCACCGGCCUGACACCCACACAGGUCAGCAACUGGUUCAAGAACCGCAGGCAGAGGGACAGGACGACCGACGUUGCCGGUUUCCAAACAGCUGGCUCUGGAGGACCCUCAGGAGAAGUCUACCCCUCCUCUGAUUGUGGCCUUUCACCUCCAGGCAGUCCGCAACCCCUUUACAGCCGCCCUCCGCCUCCACCCCUCUUCCACCUUCCACUUCCUCUACGUCAUAUUGGUGGAGGCCCCAUCUAAGACAGCCUUUCAGAUGUGUCACAUUUCUUACACGGUUGUUUCUUUUUGACAAGUAUAUUUGUAAUACAAUGUUUUGCUCCU